AUGUCUAUCAAUCCAAAUAAGAAAAAGCAAGACCUUGAAAGGUUAAUGGCUAAAUAUUUCGAUGAAUAUCAAUCAUUACAAUUGUUAAGAAGUCAAUUGAAUGAAGCAUUAAAAACUGGAUAUUUCUUAAUGAGUAAAUCAAGAAUGUCAAUGGGUUUGAAAUCAUUGGGACAACUUCAAUAUCCAGAGAAUAUGAAAUCAUCUGUAUUAAUUAAAAAACCAAUAGAUUCAGAUUGUUAUAUAGAUUUAACCAAAGAUUGUUAUACAGUUCAAACUAAAGAAGAGAUACAACAGAAUCAUAAUAAUAAUAAUCAUAGCCAACAUCACAAACAACAACAACAACAGACACCUCAAGUUCUGCAGGACGACGACGAAGAAGACAAUGUGUCGCCUUUCAGUCAGUACAAUGGAACUUCAUCGAAUACAACUGCAUCGUCAAAGACUGCCACCACCGCCAAAAAAAUAGAAGAAGACUCUCAAACAAGAAAGAGAGCAACAGCAACAACAGAAAAGUCCGACAAUAAUAAUAAUAGCAGCAAUGGUAAUAAGAGUAAUGGUGGAAUGAUGAAAUCAACCUCGAUGAAUAGAAUCGAACAACUACUGGAUUCUGCAACACUGACAGAGAGUUUCACUAGCAACGGAAACAACGGAAGAAAACACAUCGAUACUGCCGAUCACACCACAUCGGACGACGAGUACGACGACUUCAGUAGUGACGACUACAGCGACGACGACAAGGACAGAGUCAGCCAGAAGAUGGUUUCACUCACCAAUCGUGUCAAGCGACAAAAGAAGAAAUCACUCAAAGCCAAUCCAAUCUACUGGUUCGGAUUCCUCACACCCACCACACUCAAACAAUCACAAUCACAAUUCAACCAAGGUAAGAAGAAGAAGAAGAAUUAA